UGAAAUUCAACGGGCCUCAAGUCUCCCCACAGCCCCGCAACCUCCUCUUACUUCUUUCCUCGUGCUUCCUGGGGGAGUGAGUGGCACACAUUGUCCUGCUGUUCAAGGCACCUCUCCAGACAUCCAGUCAAACACAGUCUAUGGAUGCUCCCUCCCAGCAGCUCUUGAAUCCACUGUCUCCGGACCCAGUCCUCCUUCACCCCCUCAGUUGAGGAGGCUCCUGAUGUUCAGCCUGUGUUUUCCUUGACUUGUCUGCAGCAUUCAUAAUGCUGGCCUUUUCUGCUUUCAAACUCUAGCCUUCCUCUGUUAACUUCUGUAGCCUUCCCCUCUCCUGGCUCUUCUCAGUCACUGACACAUCCUUCUCAGAAAGGAGUCUUCUCCUUCAUCUGCCCCUUACAUUUCUCAGGGGCUGCAUCAUCAGCCACUGUCAUUCUCACUCCCCAUGCACUGUCCUGCCUGUUGUCUUCUCGCUGCUGUGGCUUCUGUUAACAUCUGUCUGUGGACACCUCCCCAGUAGGCACACCCCAACCCACUCCAGCCCUGUGCAUCAGUCCUGCAUGUUGAUGCCUUCUCAUCAGCCUUUCUUGGGCAUCUCACAAAUGCUUCAAACUGGAACUUAAUAUCUACACCUAAACCUGACCCACUCUUGGAGUCUCUGUCUCAAUGUUGACACUGGUUCAAUGAGACACUUCUUGAAGGCCUCGUGUGUCCAACUGUUGUGCUAGACCCAGUGGUUCUCACUUGCAAGGGGCUCAUGAGCACAUGAACAAGCCAUUGCCAUGAGGUAAGUACAUAGUCGAGGUGGGGGUGGUGCAGAGGGGAUGCGGUGAAAGGCACCCAGAGAGACCGCACUGCAGAGGCACGAUCAGAGUUGUACUCUUCACAGCAGAUGCAUGCGAGUCACUCUGUUACCAAGAAGUUUAUCAAGCCGGCCUCCAUGUUCAUGCCCUAAUCAUGUAGAGAGAAAGCAGAAGAACCCACCCAGUCUAGUUCCAGAAUCCAUGCUCUCAGUUACCACUCUAUGUUGUCUUUCGGUGUACCUAGCUUAGUUGGAAAAUUAUAACCAAUGUAAGCCCUUCUUGGUCAUGAAAUAUUUUCUAUUAAUUUUAACUUUUUAUUACUUUAAAAAUCAUGGUCAAGGUCUUCUAGUAACGGCAAACGAGGAAAUUCUGGCCCCUCUCCUGCUGAUGAUAACUAGAAAAACUGGACCAAUGUUAAAAACAUGUCUGAAAGCUUCAGAAAGCUAACAAGAUAGUGAAGACUUACUGGGCCAGGAGGUAGAAGAUGAUGGAGGCUCAGGGAGGGGAGCAACUGAAGGCUGCACAGCUGAGAGCUGAGUGUUGCUCUUUAUGCUGAGUGACAGGGAUUGGAAUUCAGGGUUUACUUGGGUCAAGGACAUUCCUGGUGAAUGCAUUCUUUCUUUGAGUUGAGACCCUGAAGAGCUGCACUAUAGACAUAGGGGUGAGCUAUGCUUAUGCAAGCUUAUGCAAUGAUUGCAAAACAGCCUGGACUUAAUAGCAGUCUUUGACAUGAAAUUAAUGUGACCCUAAACUGCCAGUGCUCCCAGACAUCUAUCAGAAAUAAAGGGCAGUGGCUCACACCUGUAAUCUCAGCACUUUGGGAGGCUGAGGUGGGCAGAUCAAUUGAGGUCAGCAGUUCGAGACUAGCCUGGCCAACGUGGUGAAACCAGGUCUCUACUAAAAAUACAAAAAUUAGCCAGGCAUGGUGGUGUGUGCCUCUGAUCCCAGCUAUUUGAGAGGCUGAGACAGGAGAAUCACUUGAAGCCAGGAGGUGGGGAUUGUAGUAAGCCAAGAUGUCGCCAAUUCACUCCAGCCUGGACGACUGAGCGAGACUCCGUCUCAAAAGAAAAAAAAAAGAAACUGGCCAGGUGUGGUGGCGCACGUCUGUAAUCCCAGCACUUUGGGAGGCUGAGGCAGGUGGAUAAGUUGAGGUCAGGAACUUGAGACCAGCCUGCUGCCCAACAUGGUAAAACCCCGUCUCUACUAAAAAUACAGAAAUUAGCUGGGCAUGGUGGCACAUCCCUGUAAUCCCAGCUACUGUGGAGGCUGAGGCACGAGAAUCAGUUGAACCUGGGAGGUGGAGGUUUCAGUGAGCUGAGAUCGAGCCAUUGUACUCCAGCCUGGGUGACAGAGUAAGAGAUUCAGUCUGAAAAACAAACAAAAACCCAAAACACAAAGGUAAAUCUUCUCCAGGGAAAGAAGAUACCAUCCCAGUCCUCAAAUGAUUUCUACAAACAAUUUGGCAAAUGCAAUGCUUGGUGCACAGUAAAAAAAUACUCAGGUACAUGUGGAUAAAAUAUAACACCCCAGCCCUACAAAAACAAAAAAAAAUUAGAAGCCCGGCAUGGUGGCUGACACCUGUAAUCCCAGCACUUUGGGAGGCUGAGGCAGGUGGAUCACGAAGUCAGGAUAUCAAGACCAUCCUGGCUAACACAGUGAAACCCCGUCUCUACUAAAAAUACAAAAAAAUUAGCUGGGCAUGGUGGCGGGCACCCAUAGUCCCGGCUACUUGGGAGGCUUAGGCAGGAGAAUGGCGUGAACCCAGGAAGUGGAGCUUGCAGUGAGCCAAGAUCGCGCCACUGUACUCCAGCCUGUGCGACAGAGCGAAACUCCGUCUAAAAAAAAAAAAAAAAAAUUAGAAUGAAGCACACAGGGUCAAAAGGGUAGAAAAUAUAUAGAAGAGAAUAAGAGUCAUUGUUGUAUACAGACUCCAAGGUGUGCCCUAGUAAUGCCCCUCCCAGCAUUCACACCCUUGAGUAGUUCCUCUCCAUGUUUUAUCAGGAUUGUUGGAUGUGUCAGCAAAACACUGUAGUCUUCUGAAGAAGAGAUGAGGUGCUACUUCUGAGACUAGGUCAUAAAAGACACUACAGCGUCUGGUUUGGAUACUCUCUUUCCCUCAUAGCACUCACUGUAUUAUCAUGGUUCGCCAGAGAAACAGAACAAAUAAUACAUAGAUAAACAGACAUAUAGAAAGAGAUUUAUUAUGAGGCAUUGGCUCACACAAUUAUGGAAGCUGAAAAGUUCCACAAUCUGCCAUCUGCAAGCUGGAGGCCUGGUAAAACCAGUGGUGUAGUUCCUGUCAAAACCCAAAAACAUAAGAACUGGGGUGCCAAUGGUGUCAGUCCCAGUCUGAGUCUGAAGGGCCAAAAGUUAGUGGCCCCAGUGUCCAAGGAUAGGAGAAGAUGGAUGUCCCAGCCUAGGAAGAGAGCAGAGUCACUCUUCGUCUGCCUUUGUGUUCUCUUCAGGCCCUCCACAGGUUGGAUGACACCCAACGGCAUCCUUGAGGGCAGGUAUCUAUUCCAUCUCUGAUUCAAGUUCUGAGUGCUUCCAGAAACACUCUCACAGGCAUUCCCAGAAAUCAUGUUUCACCAGCUAUCUGGGCAUCCCUGAGUCCAGUGGUGGUAACAAGUGGAAGUUGAGCACUGGCAUCGAUCGCCCUGAUCGGAGAGCCUGCCUUCAUCUUCCUGGAUAAGCCAUCCACUGGCAUGGACCCCGUGGCCCGGCGCCUGCUCUGGAAUGCUGUGGCACAAGCCCAUGAGUCCGGCAAGGCCAUCGUCAUCACCUCCCAUAGCAUGGAGGAGUGUGAGGCCCUGUGCACCCGGCUGGCCAUGAUGGUGCAGGGGCAGUUCAAGUGCCUGGGCAGCCCCCAGCACCUCAAGAGCAAGUUCGGCAGCGGCUACUCCCUGUGGGCCAAGGUGCAGAGCGAAGGGCAGCAGGAGGCGCUGGAGGAGUUCAAGGCCUUCGUGGACCUGACCUUUCCAGGCAACGUCCUGGAAGACAAGCACCAAGGCAUGGUCCAUUACCACCUGCUGGGCCAAGACCUCAGCUGGGUGAAGGUGUUUGGCACUCUGGAGCAAGCCAAGAAGAAGUACAUGCUGGAUGACUAGUCAGUCAGUCAGGUCACCAUGGAGGACAGCUUCCUGAGCUUUGCCUGCCCUGUGCCCUGGU